GGGAAGAUCUAUUCAGAUAAUAUCAAUCAUCUCCGCCAAUCUUCUGUGAGAGCGGGCGAGCAAAGCGGCGGCGAUGGAAUUGGAAUUGGAAUUGGAAUCGGAAUCAGACAAGGUUGUGGACACUGAAGGCCGAGAACCAUCCGACAUGGGAGGACAAAUUCAAUCCAAAACACCGUGUCCCCAAACCAGCACCUCAACCACGACGGUAGACGAUGACGAUAACGACGACGACGACACUGUCGGCGCCCUCUCCAAACCCCCACGCGAGGUAGCUUGCCAGUUGGAGCCUAAUUCGGGCAACGAAAUUGAGAAACUUAAUAGAAGCCCUAUCUCAAGUGCCGAAGCCGAAGAGAUAAUCAAAGUGCUCAAGGAUGUGAAGAGGCAGAAUUUGGUGACUCACAGGCUUCUCACAGCCUUGAUUGUCGUAACCCUAGUUUGGCAGCUCUCCGAGGUUUCUCUCAUCUUGAAGAUCAAAGAAGGAUUCAGCAAUCCCCUCAAAUCAUUGGGCGGAAUGAUCAAAAGCUUUCUCCCCAUCCCUAAACCCAAUCAGGGUGCACCUGCCAUUGAUCCCCCAUCCCUCCCAGCUCCUCCCUCAAUCAAAAUUCCUGAGCUUCCCUACCUGGAAUUGCCCGGUGGUUUCCACACUAGCGACGACGAUGACUAGUUUAAGCUCAUCCAUGAUUGCUGGUACAAUUUACAUUAUUUGCAUUUUGGAAAUUGCCCUUGCUUUAAACUGCAAAUGACUUUCUCCCUAUUAGAUAUGAUUGCACUCGAAGGCAUUUUCAAAUUCUUACUUUCAAGAGAGUGAAUCAUCUAGAUCUGCUGCCAUUGUAUGUAAAAGCUAUAGACAAGUUUUCUUUGAUUGCUUGUCAGUGUUCUUGGUAAGUUGCAAUCCCUGUUUUACUACAGCACUGUAAUUGUUUAACUCCUAAAAAUAAAUCUGGAUGUUUGAUGUUUCAUAGUAUUCCAUUUGCUAUAUUCCUCUCCGCUUGCAAACUCGAAGUUCGUUAUAUUCAUUCAAUGUGUGUUAUGACAUUGUUGAGGUAAUAACUAUACAGUUAAACUAAAGGAUCUCUUGAUGUCUUUUGUCUCAUAGCCAUUCUAAAUACCAUAUUAGUUUAAUGUUGCCAAUAAAGCAAUCGCUUACUAUGAUGCAAGGCUAGUGUACCUUUUGCAAUCUUGCAUUUGGUGUUAUCUGUAUAUUCUAUGCUUUAGUUUGGAUUCAGUUCUAUGAGAUGAUGAACUUAUCCUCGGUCUCUUCUGCAUUAUGUCGUAAAUCCUCAAUUUUAGAAGUCAUUACUGACUUUCUGGUAUUGGUUUGUCUGUAGCGUAUACCCUGUUAUAUAUGUGGCUGGAAAUCGAAAUUAGCCCUGUUGUUUGCCCAUUUGACAUUUGUUUUGCUAAGAAGUAUUUUGCAUCUCUGAUGUUUGCGCUAUGCUUGCUUAUUGGUCUGUUCAUUCCAAGAAUUGCAGGAUCAUUCUGUUCUUGCACUCUCUGUUUGUCUAUCUGUCUCUUCUACUUUUUCUGUUUUAAGUCUUUCGAAGAUCUUGAUGGUAAUCUCUGCUCUUGAAAUUGUGUUGGUUAAGAACCUCAUGAAGAUGCUUCUAUGAAACCACAUACCUACUCAAGAUAUCUCUUUACAAGUUCUCUAUCUUGUUCAUCAGAAUGUUAACUUUGGCCAUGCAUUUCGAUGUAGCUUUAUAGUAUUUGUUCUUGUGAUUUCUAUCUUUAGUAGAUAGAAAAGCAAUAGAAGUAGCCUUUAUAUACGUAAAGGUGACUUUGCACCUCCCGAAUAAUUGAGAGUUUUGGAUACAUCAGUUAUGUGAUCCAAACAUAUAUUUGGCAAAUUGAUGAUGUCCUUCACAGGAAUUGGAUGGUGAUUUUGUGACAAUCCUUGUUUCAAUAUCUAUACUUAUAGCAUGGGUUUCUUUCGAUUAUGAUUUGUGUCUUUUGGUUGUGAUUCUCUCAGGUUAGUCUAAACAACUCCCUUUUUUUCUGACAGUUUAGAAUUGACAUUGCUUCGAAUGCAUAUCUUAUUAUCUACUACUUAUUAACUUGGUUUAUAUAUGUCGUCUAGUUGCUGGUACAUGAUCAAGCUUUCAAUUUAUACUAGGUUUCUGUGAGGUCAACAGCAUGUUAUGUUAUGGGAUCCGUUGUUUUGUGCAUACAGUAUUCUUUCGAGGAUUUUUUACUCUUUGCU